GGAAGCGGCGGGGCCGGAAGGGGCGGGCGGCGACGUGGGCGGCAGAGCUGGGCCGCUCCGCGCCGCUGCUAUGGAGGGGCUUUACCACCAGACCAACAAGUCCUACACCUGGAUUUUUAAACAGUCAUUUUGAGAGCAAUGUGAUCUUAAAAUGCCUGGGGCAUCCUAGAGAAACUUCUGGAAAACAAAACUAUACGGAACAGGAACUGGUGCAAGAUGCUGGUUAAUGAAGUGGUUCUGUAUUUAACUGAACAUGUCAUUAGCAGAGCUGGCUGGCUACAAGUCCAUGAGGUCCAAUCUCACAUGGGGCGUCUGGAGACAUCAGACAAACAAUCAGUACACUUAGUAGAAAAUGAGAUUCAGGCAAGAAUAGACAAUAUAUUCAGCAACUUGGAACGUCUGGAAAUCCUGUCCAGCAAAGAACCUCCCAAUAAGCGACAGAAUGCUAAACUCCGAGUUGACCAGCUGAAGUAUGAUGUUCAGCAUCUGCAGACAGCCCUGAGGAACUUUCAACAUCGGCGUUACAUCCGGGAGCAGCAAGAACGACAGCGAGAAGAGUUGCUUGCGCGUACAUUCACUGCUAAUGACUCUGACACCACCAUACCGAUCGACGAAACAUUACAGUUUAAUGAAUCCCUGCAGAAUGCCCAUCGUGGCAUGGAUGAUCUUAUUGGCAGUGGGACCAACAUCCUUCAGGGGCUGAGGGACCAGAGAGUGACACUAAAGGGUACUCACAAGAAGAUCCUAGAUGUUGCCAACAUGUUGGGCUUAUCCAAUACAGUGAUGCGACUGAUUGAGAAGCGAGCCUUUCAAGAUAAAUACUUCAUGAUUGGGGGAAUGAUUUUGACUUGCGUAAUUAUGUUUCUUGUGGUGCAGUAUCUGACAUGAGCUACUAAAGUAUUGCCAGAGGAGAUCAUCUUUUGGAGCAAAAUGGACUGCCCUCCAAAAUGUACUGCCUGCUCUCCUCUGAGCGCUGCUUUGGAUGAGCCCUUCCUGUGAACUUCAGAGUUUACAAAUCACACUCAAAUUCACAUCUCGUGGAAAGCACCUAGGGGAACAAAUUUCUCUGGGGAUGCUGUAGUUGAGAAUAUGACCCUAUGAAAAUAUCCAUGGCCUUUCCUACUCUCACCUUACUCUCUGUAAUUUUAAGAAUCUGGUUAAGUAGGAAGGAGGAAAAGUGAAUAUUUUGCCCAGCCGUAUUGCAAGGUAUGAGUGCUCUUUUGGGUAGAUGGGAAGAAGAGGAUGCAGAGGCAGAGUAGGAGAUGUAGUGAGCCUUUCCUAUGCUAACUAGAAGUGAUCACAGUGUAUUUUCAACAGAAAGGAAGCCACUGAGGACCAUUUUGCAUUGUUUGUGGGCACGAUCCUGCAGAAUAAGUGUGCAAAAAGGGGCAGGAAGUGAAGGGUUCACAUCUACAUACCCUUUUUCUGGCAGGGAGAAAGAUUUGGGGGGGAAGGAUCUUAACUCUAAAAGCAUGGUAAUAACCUCUGCUAACUUUUUUUGUAUAACCAUGUAGCACAAAUCUUCCUAUUUUAGGCUGAAAAGCUUCUUAUCUGAGGUAUGUUUUGGUACCUUUUUAUGCCCUGCUGCUUCCCAGUGGAAGCUGAAUGCUGUACUCCCUUCUGCUUAGUAGAAGGUUUUACAGUGUCUCCUGUAACCACUAUUCCUUCACAUUUCACCCUUUGGUUAGGAAGUGCUGUCUCUCAUUCUCCUCCAGUCAGAUGCAGAUUAGGCUCGUCACCUCCACUGUGCCUAGUACCAAAUCUAGCCUCCAAAGACUGUAAAGACUUUGAUGUUGUUGUUUCUAGGGCAUAUCAUGUUUCAGGUGAGUUGUAUUUAUUUUCUGAGGUGAUUGGUUGGGGUGUGCUUUGUAGCUGGUAUUUGUAGAUUAGAUGAAGCAGGCAAGUCCUUGCUCUGCUCAAAUUCUGCCUUGUAAUUUUUCUAUUUAGAUCUGGAAUGGGCUUUCUCUGCUAUUCUUUGCAUUCAGAAUAAUAGUGGGAUUAGGGCAAGGAACCUUGCAUUGAAAAUCAGUUGGCAUGGGAGGAGAGUUUCCUGAAGUUGUCUAUUUGUAUUUAAAUAUUCACAGUUAUGAAGUGACUUCUUGUUUAAAUACAGCACUCCUUUUCUCUGCAGAUUGUAGGGACUCUGUUAGAGUGGCAAUCUGGAGAUUUUGGGCAUCAUCCAUUUCAAACAGCCUUCAGAUACAUUUCCACCCUCAGUUCUGUGUACAAGUCUGGACCACUUCCAGAUGUCUGACAGUGGCACAAAAGUGCCAUAUUCAGAUGACGUGGCAUUCUGCUGGGAAUUCCUUUGGCUUUUGCUAACUGGAACAGUUGUGGGUCUUUUAAUUAGUAACAGUUUAUGAGUUCUACAUCUUAUCUUUCUUUGAUGCAAUAAGCUUUGUUCUGAUUAAUAUGUAGCCUGUUGCAAACUUGGAGAAAUGGUAUUAAUAAUUGUAAAAAACGAAAUUUCAGUUAAUAUGGGCAGGUAAAGCAGGUUUCAGCAGUGCUUGUUUACAGUUGUGUAGCUAAAGUAUUGACUGACUUGUGUGCUGUUGCAUAGCUUUAAAGCCCAAAAGAGACUUCCCAAUUUCAUUAGCUGUCACAGACCAGUCAGUAUUGAACCCAGGACAAGUGAAGCAUCAGUUGUCAGAGAGCUGUCUGGCUGCAUCACAGACACAGCAGCGGAGGCUGAGAUGCCAUCAGUGCCUAGAUAAUCCUUUCAGACAUUUCAGCAGAGGAAGGUAGGAAAGCUUUUUGUAUAUCCUGUGUGCUGCACACCUGGCUGUUUUCUGCAUAUGAAUGUUUGUUGCUUCUCAAGCUAAUGAAUAUUCCUCAGUCUGCUAGGCUUUCUCAGAACACCCCAGCAGACCAAAUACAGAAUUGGUUUGCAUUUUUGCAUUUGAACCAGAGGGAGAAGGGAAUUAAAAGAAAAGAGGAAGUCUUUCAGUGAGAGGUUAUCUGUCUUCCUGUAUCUUUAAUCUACAUCUUAAAUCUACCUUUACCAUAAGGCCUAAAUCUUAGAUUUUUAGCACACUAUGCACUUGUUAGAUCAUCUUCUGUGAGAUCAGUUAGGCUCCCUAGAAGGCAUCCCUGGCAAUUUCUUUUCCUAUUCCUGAUAAGCUGAUACAAUUCCACCUGGAUUUUACAACUUUAUGGUUUAGUCUUGAAAAGAUGGCAUUUGACAGUCAGACUUAUGUGGUUGUGACUUGUGUAGCAAGAUUUGUCUUAUACUGAGGUAGGACUCUAGCUAAUUUAUUUUCCUUUUUUGGCUUGGAGUCACAAAAUUACUGCAACUGGAGUUCUUUCUGUUUUGAGAUUAGCUUGACAUUUUAAUAGAUGCUUCUUUGUUCAUGUAUUUUGUCCUUUUAGACCAUCCUUGUUCUUGUGUAGGCUAAUUCCCCUUCUGUAAGCAAAGUGUCCUUGCUAUUCACUGUUCUAAGGUGGGAUGUGGGGUGUGAAGGAACCACUUAGGUAACUGGAUUUGACAACAUGCAAUUUCAAGCAAACAGGUACUAGAUGCUAAGUCCAAAAUGACUUGCAAGAGCACCUGUGCCGUCUCAGACGGUUAAUGUAAAACCCUCAAAGCCUCCAUCAUUAUGGUGUGCCACAGAAGGACGCACGUGGGGUGAAGAUCCCUAUUAACAUGAAAUGAGAAAGAGCUGAAACCCUGGUGACUUUACGCAUGUUGCUGCUACAGCUCUCUGUGAAGUUUCCUUUCCUCACUAAGGAUGAUAUUUCUUUCAACAGAGCUGUUGUUUUGCUUCUAACUUCUGUGGAACAGCAAGUGUUCCAGCUGUUGGAUGAGCUGUUCACUUACAAGAGGACACUGCAGAAGCUAGCUUACCUCUGGAGAGGAAAAAAAAAAACUUUUUACCAGUAUUUUAUAUAUAAAGGGGCAAGGCGGGACAUGAUGUGAUAUGUUAUGUGAAUAAAAAUUUUUCAAUCAGAA